AUGUCGGCGAGUUGUCGACGCCUCAAAGAUGUUCUUUAUCGUCUUCAAAACUUGGACCCCGGCUCUUACGCGUUGAGGUGUGUGAAUGAUGACGUCGACUUACUGGCUACAGUGGGAAAGGAAGAAAAUGCUGUUGUUGAUUUCGAUGCAGAAUGGAAAACAGAUAUUUCUAAAGAUUUACCGCCAGUUAAAGAUUUAUAUAGCGGGGUCGAUGGUCAUGUUGUUUUGGUAUAUCACACAAUAAGGAAACAAAUACCUGGUGCUUUCCCUCACUUGUAUGCUGGAAAAGGUGUUAAGAGUGUAAAUUCAAACAAGGGGUUCAAAAAAGGAAAAAAAAGGUCGAGGAGCGGUAAGCAGAAAAGCAGAAAAAGCUUGAUAAAUCAGGACGAUCAAGGCCAGAAACGAAAUAUGGAAGCUGAAGCUGCCAAGUGA